GCUGUAAUCAUGAACGACGGACAGCAUCAAUGGGAAUCAGCCAUCAGGCGCACUGCCAGCAUCAUCUGGACCGAUUGUGCUGGAAGCGCGACAUAAUUCUCCAUAUUUAGAUUAGAACUUAGGCGAGAAGUAUAUAGAUUUAUUCUAAAUUAAAAUCUAACUAAAUAAUAUAGGAGAAUGUGUACAAAACCUGACAUUUUAGAGACCCGCAGACUGCGGUUCAUCGCUUUCUGAGUUGAUAGUGGGGGUGAAGCGCUCAUCCUCGUCCUCCGCUGUCGCGCUCUGUAACGAAUUGCACAUUUUAGCUCUUAUAAUUCUCAUUUAGAGGAUACAACACCUGUCGUCGAUAUUACAAAUAGCUUACAUCUCGGCCGUUUAGACUGUGCAUGCUGUCUGCAUUGCGGUGUGAGGGUAUUUAACAUCUUGCAGAGUGUCUAAUAGUUAAAGCAAUGGGUGCUCUUAGCAAACAGCAGUUCUUCCAGGAACUGGGAUCUGGUUGCUUGCUUCCGACUGUCCAACAUGGUCUGGAACAAGUAUGGCAGCUGUUACUCAUCUGCCUGGUGUGUAGGCUGUUGUGGCGAUUGGGUCUGCCCUCUUUUUUAAAACACCUGAGUACAGUGGCAGGUGGUUUUUAUACUCUUUACCUGUUCUUCGAGCUGCACAUGGUUUGGGUGGUGCUUCUCAGCCUCCUCUGCUACCUCAUCCUCUUCCUGUGUCGCCAUUCAAGCAGCCGUGGACCCUUUCUGUCCAUCACUAUUCUCAUCUACCUCUUUCUGGGAGAGCUGCAUAUGAUGGAUACAACAACCUGGCAUAAAAUGAGAGGUUCCCAGAUGGUAGUGGCCAUGAAGGCAGUUUCUCUUGCCUUUGAUUUGGACAAAGGCAUAGUGGAGAAAUUUCCCUCUCCAGUGGAGUUUAUGGGCUACAUUUACUUUGUGGGUACGGUCAUCUUUGGGCCUUGGAUCAGCUUCAGUAGCUACAUGGAUGCGGUAGAGAGUCGAAAACUUAGUGUCUCCUGGUUUUUGAAGUCAGUCUUAAGUUGUGUGAAGAGCCAGAUCUGUCUGGUUAUUUCCAACUGUAUUGCACCCUAUCUUUUUCCCUAUUUCAUCCCGGUCUUUGGAAACAAGCUGCUCCGCAACAAAAAGCGAAAGAUGAGGGGCUCUAUUAAAAGGUGGCUACAGGCAUAUGAGAACACCCUGUCCUUCCAUUUCAGUAAUUACUUUGUGAGUUACUUGGGUGAAACAACUACCACAUUGGCAGGUGCUGGUUUCACGGAGGAAAAGGACAAUCUUAAGUGGGACUUGACAAUAGCAAAGCCACUAAAUGUAGAGUUUCCCAGGUCUAUGGUUGAAGUGGUCACUUCCUGGAACCUGCCCAUGUCCCGCUGGCUUAACACCUAUGUGUUUAGGAAGGCUCUCAGAUAUGGGAGCUUCACAGCCAUUAUCUUAACAUACACAGCGAGUGCUCUGCUACAUGGUCUAAGCUUUCACAUUGGGGCAGUAUUAUUUACACUAGGCUUCAUAACAUAUAUUGAACAUGUGCUUAGGAAAAGAUUGUCAGUCGUUUUAAAUGCAUGUGUCCUUUCCAAGAGAUGCCCAUCUGACUGCAAACACAGACAUAAAAAGGAAUUGUGGGUAUAUGUAAUUAAUGGGACGUUUAGCAUGUUAGCAGUACUACAUUUAACAUACCUGGGCUCAAUUUUUGGCUCCAGCACAGAUGACACAGAUUCUGAUGAGGACGGCAUUGCCAGCCACACCAUUGAAAAAUGGACACAGCUCAGCUGGACAAGCCACUGGUUGACCUUUGGCCUCUGGGUCCUCUAUCGCCUUAUUCUAUAAACACUGAGACUUACAUAAAGGAGGAGAGAUGGGAAGAGGAUAGCAAUAACUGCGAUUGGAUAUUUUAUAUGGUUUUACUGUAGAGGAUUUGUGGCUAUCACUGUGAACUCUGGAUGAACAUGACUGCGGCCCCCAGAGUCCUCCAAUCCAGGAAAAACUGAUGUACAGGUAAUAUUGAUCCACUGGUUUGGCAUGACCAGAAAUCUACAAGUACCAGGAUAUUCUAAAGUUUUCUAAACUACCUAAAGUACAAACAAGCAUCAGGAGAUAUUUUGUUCAUAGCAGUCCUCAAUAAUUGUGAAUACUAAUAGCCAUUGAAAAUGAAUUGAUCAGGAUUUUGCUGACUAGUAGAUCUUGUAAUUGUUUUUUGCUUGAUGGUUUAGGAUAUUUAUUUCUUAGUCUGAAAAGAAGGUUAAUAUUCUCAUUGCUUGUUUCAGAAGCCCUAAUGUCAAAUUGCACAAAUCAAGUUUGGUUUCAUGCAUUUGUUCUAUUUUUUGCCACUCCCAGAAAGAAUAAUGACUAAUACUCCUGCUUAUUCACUAAAGCACAUAUCAUGCCAUGAUUCACAAUUGGAUUACGUUCAUUACAGUUAAGUUCAACCUCGUAGGGCUAUGAAUGAACAUAUAAUAUAGGUCACUUUUCUCUUUUGUAUGAAUUGUUGUAUGAAAUGCAGACAGUAAGUCUGGGUGAAACCCAUUGAAACACUCAAAUGAGACAGUAUUAGUAGUGUUUGCUAGUUUCUUAUAUUUAAACUUUUUACAAAUGUAUUAACAGGCACAAGAAAUGGGAAACGGAAAAGCAUACAGAUAGUGUGUAUUAGUUUUCAGUGUAUUUAUUUCAAUCUUUGCUAUUUUAUUAUUGCUAUUUAGUAGUAUAGUAUUUAUGACUGUCAUCACACUGAAUUAGAUGGAUUGUUUUUUAGUGCCAAACAGAAUAUUAAUCAUUACUAGCUGAUUCGUUUCAGGUAGGUUCUUAUAUUACUUUUUAUUCAUUUUAUUUAUUGUUUAGACAUCCAACAAACAACACAUUUUCCAUUGAAUCACCCUGUUGUUAAUCCAUCCCUAUACUUUUAUUAGUGAAUUUUAAAUAAAGAGUUUAAAAUACACAGGUGAUUUUGAUGCAUUAUGUAUGUCUGACUGCCAAACUCUUGAUAAUAAAACAUUA